CCAACUUUUCAAGCAAAUAGAUGGAAAAAAAGCUGCUCUAUCUGUUUGUACUGGGAAAACUCCGUUAGAAAAACUGCUCCUCUCAAGGCAACAAUCUUCUCCUGGAAUUAUUCUUUUUUGCUAUUGACUCUGUUUAACUAUGGAAGCAACCUAUUUAAGGUGGAAGUAUACAUCACUUAGCCUUGCAUUUUGUUUAUUUUUGCUACAAAUGGCUUGGGAUUUGGUUCUCUGUCAGCUCCAUUACAUCAUUCCUGAAGAAUCCAAACAUGGAACCUUUGUGGGAAGAAUUGCUCAGGACCUGGGUCUGGAAAUCAGUGAAAUUAAUUCCAGAGUAUUGAGGAUUGUCUCUAGAGAUGAGAAAGAAUAUUUCCAGGUAAAUCUGCAAAACGGCAUCUUGUUUGUAAAUAAUAUCAUUGACAGAGAAGAAAUCUGUCCAGAGACUACUGUUUGUAUUAUCCAUCUUGAAAUAAUAGUAGAUAAGCCUGUUCAUAUAUAUCAUGUAGAUGUAGAAAUUGAAGAUAUUAAUGAUAACUACCCUGUGUUUUCUGCCAAGGAGUACAGCAUUGUUAUAGCUGAAUCAAGAGUUGUAGAAUCUAAGUUUCCAUUAGAGGGCGCAGUGGAUGAGGAUGUUGGUACAAAUUCCAUCAGGGCCUAUGAACUCAGCUCAAAUGGAGUUUUUGCUAUAGAAAUCAAGAAAGACAAACACCAAAGUGAGUCAGUUGAACUUGUUCUAAAGAAACCUUUGGACAGAGAGAAUCAACCUUUUUAUAAUUUAACACUUACCGCUUUUGAUGGGGGAAAACCAAAAUUAAGUGGCACCACGCAGUUACUUAUUACAGUUCAAGAUUCCAAUGACAACGCUCCAGCCUUUCAAGAGUCCGCAUAUGAGGUUACUUUGUUAGAAAACGCCAUGAAAGGAACUUUGGUGGCCAAAGUGAUUGCAACUGACCCCGACGAAGGAGAUAAUGGAAAAGUCACCUAUGAGUUUAGCAGUCAGGUCCCAUCUCAGGUAAGAUCAACUUUUACGAUAGAUCAGGAAACUGGUGAAAUAAGAGUGAUAGGGGAAGUCGAUUUUGAAAAGAAUAAUUAUUAUAACAUUCGUAUUGAUGCAACAGACAAGGGACAAAACCCAAUGACAGGCCACUGCAAAAUUUUGGUCAGUGUUAUAGAUAUCAAUGACAACCCUCCAGAAAUGACAGUAACAUCCCUCUCAGUGCCCGUUCCUGAAGAUUCACCAAUGGGGACCACAGUAGCGAUCAUCAGAAUACAAGAUAAGGAUAAGGAUUCAGGCGCCAAUGGGAAAGUGACCUGCUUCAUAGCUGGAAAGGUACCUUUCAAGUUAAACCCGACCCUUAGGGAAUACUAUGCCUUGACAGUAGAUGGACCUUUAGAUCGUGAAAUUGCCUCUGUGUAUGAGGUCGAAAUUAUUGCAAGGGAUGGGGGUUCCCCAGUACUUUCAGUUGCACAGACAAUUAAUGUAGAAAUAAGCGAUGUUAAUGACAAUGCUCCCUCUUUUGCUCAACUCUCAGAUACCAUUUUUAUUACAGAAAAUAAUCCUCCAGGUUCUCAUGUCCACACAGUAUCAGCCACAGAUUCCGAUAUCAACCAAAACUCCUUUAUAACCUAUUCACUUACAGAAGGUUUUAUCGAAGGCAUCCCGGUUUCUUCUUAUCUUUCAAUCAACCCAGAGAGUGGUAAGAUCUUUGCUUUGCUCUCCUUUGAUCAAGAGCAGAUUCAUUUCUUUCAGUGUAGUGUUAAAGCAUGCGAUGCCGGAUUAGCUCCACUCAGUGGAAACUUGAUCCUUAAUGUCUUUAUAGUGGAUGUAAAUGACAAUGCGCCUACACUUUUCCCACCAUUUUCUAACCUUGACUUCCCAGUUACAGAAAUAGUAUCACGGUCGGCAAAAAUAGGACACCCAGUCACUAAAAUCAGGGCAGUUGAUGCCGAUUCUGGAUACAAUGCAUUUCUGUCCUAUGGCUUGAAAGAUCCUAUGGAAAAAACACCCUUUGGUGUUGGACAGCAUACUGGGGAAAUAGUCAUUUCUCGUCCUGUUUUAGAGUCUGAUCGUGAUGAAUAUAAACUUUUCAUUGUGGUGAAGGACCAUGGAGAUCCAGUCUUGUCUUCUACAGUGACGAUCACCAUUGUGUUAGUGGAAAAAAUCCAAGAUAUUACAGUUGAACAAAACCAAAAGGGAAUUGAAUAUGAAGAUGGUUCCAACGCAAAUAUUUAUUUAAUCCUGGCAAUAUGCAUUAUAUCUGUUAUUUUUCUACUGACCCUCAUUGUGUACACAGUGAUUAGAUGGCACCAAUAUUCUGUGGAGUUAAAAGAGUUAAAACAAAGCAACCUUGGCUCCAGUAUAGCUGGAAGUUGGACCUAUUCAAUGCAGCGCCAUUACAGGCUAUGGCUAAAUGGAAUCACAUCCAAAAAUGAUUUAAUUGUGUUUACACCAAAUGUCUCCCAACCGCCAGAACAUGAUAAUGUCUCUAUUCAGCAAGGAUUUGGCACAGGUUCAUCAGGGCAGGAACUAGUUUUAGCAUCUCUCAUGUAA